AUGUUAAAUUUUCGCGUUAUGAAAUGGUUUUCUAAAGAUCCCUUAGAAGAUCUAUUUUCGAAAAAAACUGAAUUCAAAAUGUCACACGAUAUUCGCCUUGUUAGUCCUGUUGGCAGUGAUGAUGCUUAUGUUACAGUUCGAUGGGGCAAUAUUGAAUCAGCCGAAAAUAUCAUAAGUGCGAUCAAGUUUGCAUGUAAAACAAUUCCCGAACUUGAAAUAAUUGCGCAAAACACACUACUAAAAAUGAAUAUUGAUGUUACCGAUUUAGCAUUGGUGAAAGCAUUUGCUGAAGCCUAUAAUAGUAUUACCAUUGAUCUACUAUCGAAAAAAAAUUUUAAAAACGAUCCAGAACAGUUUGUUACACGAGAUGUAUUACGUUUUAUCUUAAAAUUAUGUUAUGAAAAAUCUGUCACAUAUACUGACAAUUUACAGCGCAAUUCAACAUUUUCAAAUCAAAUCUAUGGCGAAGUUUCAUUUGAAUUACUUGAUGAACUGAUGCCAAAAUUAGCUAUUAAACCAGACGAUGUUUUUAUUGAUCUUGGCAGCGGUAUGUUUAUACUAGCCUCCUAUGCUUUUUGA